GAAUUUCCUGCCAGCAGCUGCUGGUUAAACCUCUUUGGAAAUGAAUCCUACGUGCAGGAAAACUGGAUGCGCCUUUUGAGAGUGCCAGCACAUUGUAGAAAUAACAGAAUUGGCACUGUUAUUCUCUGACCUGAACCCAAGGUUGCCCCUUGCCCACCUAGGAGGCUGCAAUUUCUCCCAGGAUGCCUGGGAUGCUCUUUUCCAGCUUCAGUCCUCCUCAUGUGACAUGUCUUCUGGGUUGUCCAGACCCAAGGCUCCCCCAUGUCUAUCUUCAACCCUCAAUCCAGAUGAUGGCUCUUGGAGGUGGAAGAAAAGAGAGGGAGCACCCUCCUUUCUUUCCUUGUCUGCAGAGAUAGCCAUGACCAUUGUAAGCCAGUGCAUAUGGAGCUUUGUGGGAGAGAGCCCUUCCUUGAUGGUGGCCUAAAAAUCAGACAACAACGCUGGACAUCACUGUUUGCUUAGUAACACUGGAUGAUGUAAUCACCCAAGACUAGCUGGACCCUUUCUCUACCUUGCUUGUCCAUCCAUCCAACAGAAAUUCCAUGGUCUCAAGGAAUUCAUCAUGUGGAUGGGGAAACAGAUGCUUGAUUUUCAGAUGGGACAUUAUGUUUUAAUAGGAGGAUAUUCCAAGUCCUGUGGAAACAUGAGUGAUGGAAUAACUAGCUGGUAGCACACAGGAAUGUGGAGGGAGCAGAGUCUCAAAGGCAGAGUGGUUGUGGUGGACUGCAGAGGAGGGCUGGAAACUGCAUGGUGGUCUCUGUUCCUUCAAGUUCCCGGGAACACUGCGCCAUGUUGAUGGAGAAGCUGGAUGGACCGACUUGGCUGGGCACAUGGAAGCCAUUCACCCACUAGCCGAGGAUCGACUGAGGCCUGGGGCUGAUGCUCACCCACACUGCUGAGAAUGCCCCCAAGACCCAGCCAGGCACCAGCCCAAAGGUGAUCCCGGGACACUCCUGGACAGUGAUCCUGAUGUCUGUUCUGAGCCACACACACAAGGGUGUGACAACCAACUCUCAGCGCCAUGGCCUCCGCAGAGCCCCUGACGGCACUGUCUCGCUGGUACCUGUAUGCCAUCCACGGCUACUUCUGCGAGGUGAUGUUCACGGCGGCCUGGGAGUUUGUGGUGAACUUCAACUGGAAGUUCCCGGGGGUCACGAGUGUGUGGGCGCUGUUCAUCUACGGCACCUCCAUCCUCAUCGUGGAGCGCAUGUACCUGCGCCUGCGCGGCCGCUGCCCGCUGCUGCUGCGCUGCCUCAUCUACACGCUCUGGACCUACCUGUGGGAGUUCACCACCGGCUUCAUCCUGCGCCAGUUCAACGCCUGCCCCUGGGACUACUCGCAGUUCGACUUUGAUUUCAUGGGCCUCAUCACCCUGGAGUACGCGGUGCCCUGGUUCUGCGGGGCCCUCAUUGUGGAGCAGUUCGUCAUCCGCAACACCCUCCGCCUCCGCUUUGACAAGGACGCCGAGCCCGGGGAGCCCGGUGGCCCCCUGGCCCUGGCCAAUGGCCACGUCAAGACUGACUGAGCUGGGGGCUGGGGGCUGGGGGGUGGGCCCGGGGGUCUCUCAUGGACCCUGUGGACAAAGGUACUGAGCCGGUGGGGUUGCCCCUCUGUACAGCACAAGCCCUGACCCCGGCCGGCUCAGCCUUGCAGGGCACACGCGGCCCCCAGACCCUCCACUGCGGGGCGGGUGUUGGGGGCGGGGCCAGUUGUUGGGGGUGGGGUGGGGCGUCGAGGCAGCCGCGGGACUUUGGGAAGCGUCCCUGGAUCUCGGCCCAGCUCUGAGGCUGGAGGUGGGAGGCCUGUAGCUAAGUAGCAACCGGACUACGUGGGUGACUGGAAGCAGCAGGCCCUGCCCUGACUGAGGGACUCUGAAAAUGGGGCAGAAGGUGGGAGGCAAGGCCUGAGGCUUGGGGCUGUGGCAGCCUUCUCCCUCCCUCUCCCCUAGUUUAGUUGGGCUUUGGCUGGUUCCAUUAGGCAAUAUUCAGGUGCUUGCUUGCAACCAAUACCUCCCCUGGGGGGCUGCUGAGCUGCAGCCUAAGAAGAGACUGGGCGGCCAGGAUGCUGGUCUGCAAGGGCUGGGAGGCCUUCCCUUGGCUCCUCUCCCCUCCCCCAGGGCCCCUGCUGCUCCCUCGGCCUUCUGGGGGCCCCCCUGGUGCUGGAUUCCCACCAACCUUGGGCUUUUGGAGGUUUUCAAUACCUGUGUGUUCGGUGGCGUUUCCCCCUUUUCUUUCUUAUUUUCAAGGCCUUUACCACUAGCAACCCCUUUAUCCAUGUCAAUCACCCCAUGCACCCCCAUCCCCAACUCCCUGGCCAACAUAGUAGCUGCAGAGAGAGAACCCUGAGACAGACCCUGCCCCUGCUCGCAGCCUUCCCUGCACUGCUUCUGCUGGCCCGACACCUGGGAAGUUCCCCCAUGGUGACUCCCCACCUGAUCUGGUGGACUGUGGCAGUGCCCUGGUGCUCUUCUUGGUGCCCCCUCCCCACAGUGGCCCAGCUAAAAUCAAAAUUGAAUGAUACCCCCAACGCACGGUCAGGCCAGGGUGGACCCCACAGAUCUACAAUGGGGACCUACUGAUGAAUCAGUUUCGUGGGGUGGGGGUGGGAUAAAGGCACCUGACUGGUUUAUUUUCAAGUUGGUCAGGGGCAAUCUAGCUUUCUAGGGGAUGGAAGAACAGGUAUCCAGUGUGGGAGACCCACGGAGAAUGAGUGAGGGAGGAAAGGAGGUUGGCCUUCCUGCUUUAGGAGGGUCCAUGGAGCUUCCUUGGUAGGAAGGGGUGAGCUGGUUCUGCCAUAGGCCCAGCCACAUGGCAAAACCUCUUCAGGUGCCAUAGGCCCAGCCAUGUGGCAAAAACCCCUCCCCAUCCUUCUCUACAAGCCUGAAGCUUUGAGCUUGCUCCUGGAACAGUACGACCCCUACCAUGCUCUAGGGCAUUGUCAUCAUGUUGCCCCCCUCCCCGGUGACAGGUCCAUUGCUGGCAGUGGACAGGUGAAAUCCUCAUUCCAGCCCACUUCUGACUCUGUGCCCAGUCCCUGAGGGGAGGAGUCCAUUAGAGCGCAGCCUAUGCCAUGGUCCAUUCCCAUGAGACCGCACUAGGACUCUUAGGUAGAAAUCAGCCUGUCCUUUUUUAUAGAUCAUUAAAAAGUGAUAAUACCACUUGUGGAGAGCAUCUCCCCUUCCUUGCUUGUGCUGUUCCCCCAAGACCCUGCAGACAGCACCAGCCAGGGCACGGGGCAGAGUGAGUGGGCAGGGGUGGGCAGGCCUGGUGGCCCAGAUGAGGAGAAAAGCUGAGAGACUCUGCAUUUAUUUGGUGGGGCUGUUUUCUGCCGUUGACCCAGCCCAGGACAGGAUGAAGGGUGUUUCCCUGCCCCCGUGUCCUAGCCAGGCUCCUCAGCUUCUGCACAAACUACAUUCUGAAGGGGCCAGCCCUACCUUUGAUUUUGUUGCCCCAAUUCCAGUGUUUUGGGGCUACUAGGGCUCAGGCUUCCAGUGGGGGUACGCUGCUCUCCAUCUACAGGCAGAGGGGAUACCAGAGGGAAAAAUACUGCCUGGCUUCCUUGCUCCCUCUUGAUCAUUGUUUCCUUGGUCUUCUUCCCCCAAGUCCCUGUUAACUCAAUCUCCUGAGCCCUGACACCCCUCCGAGCUGCCCCUGUGGCCCCUAGAUCACACCAUCUGCCUUUGUUCUUCCCUUCCACAACAGAAUUUGGUAGUCAGCUUGUUGAUGUCUCCCAACAUAAGACCCCCAUAAUUCUCAGCCAGACCAAGCCCUUGGAUGGCCCACCAGGUCUGGUCACUCCAGGUGUUGCCUCACAGGGAUUCCCCAGCACCAUCUUCUCUCUAGGCCCUUUUAAACUCCCAAGUGCAGGAGGUCUGCUUCCCUGGCAAUGUGCAGAGCACUGUGUUUCUGCUUCCUCCAGGCGCCCCUUGGCUCAUACUGUUCCUCAUAGGGCACACAGCCCCCGACAAAGGUCAGUGGUGACCUGGAGCUUGGCCCCAGGAUCUUAGAGCUCACUAGGGAUAACCCAGACUUCAACUCUUGCUUUUUUGGGUAUCUUCAGAACCCCAACCCAUUAGUGCCCAGGGACUCAGAGUUUGGAGUGACCCAGCUCUAUCAAGCAGUGGGGGUGCUGGUGGGGAGAGUCUGCUUGCUGUUUAUGAACCUCUGGUGUCCUGGGCCUCUCUCCACUAGACAUGGCAGCAUCUCUGAGUUACAGAUCGCCAUGUGUUGUCCCGCAUGGUUGAACUGCUUCUGAUGUCUACUAGGCAUCCUGUCCCUUGUGUCCUGUCCCCUCUGAUGCCAGUGAGUCACAAUGGCCUAUGCUUAUUCACAGCAAUAAUACCUAGGGAGUGCCCGUGCAGUCCUUCCGUUCCAAUUCCUCGAUCUCUGCGUGGGUCUCCUGGGAAGGCAGUGUUAGGUGGGUCAGUUCCCAGGAACCUUCAUUUGUGACGCUCUGGGCUGUGCAGACAUCAUCGCGGGGAUGUAGAAAGGAGAAAGGCCCAGCCCUCAGGAGCUAUGGCUAAGGCAAGGAGAGAACUUUCCACCCUGAGGCCACCCCAGACCUGGAGGGGCUACAGGUCCUGGCUUCACCAAAGGGCCUUUGAAGUGGGUGGGAUGGUCACUUAACUGCAGCAGCUCUUCAGAAGGACUGGUUUGUGCACCCCCAUUGCCUGCUCUGUCUCUGUUCGUCUCUGUCUUUUCCUUUUUAAAUUUGUGCACAUAAAAUAUACUGGUGUUUGUGUUCCAGGA